AGAGGGGAGGAAUGGCUCAGCCGCAGAUGGCAGAUCAGGUGUGAGGCUGACGAAUCAAAGUCGACCUGGAGAUCCCCAUCGGGAGCGAGACCCUUGAUACACCGCUGGACUUGGUCUCGUUUCAAGAAUGGCAAACACGAUGGAACAGGAAUCUAUGAUGGAACAGAUUCUGAGAGCCAGAGACCACUAUCAGGUCCUGGGAUUGGAACGAGAUUGCAAUGAGAUGGACAUUAAGAAGUCUCAUCGAAACUUGGUGAGGCUUGUUCAUCCCGACAAAGUUCACUGCAGCUCCGACAGCGAGAUGAAACGGACAGAACGAGCGUUCAGAGCAGUGCAGGUCGCGUAUGAAACCCUGUCACUUCCACACAAACGCAAAGCGUAUGACCUGCAACUUAAGAUGCAGGGGAAGAGUGCGCAGUUUGUACCCGGAGAAAGCAGCAACUCCGGAGAGGAUUUGGACGCAGAGGAUGGUCCGACGACUGUUCAAUUCUUCACGAUGAUUCUGCAAAUUCUGCUUGCUGUCACGAUUCAUGUUGCAAAGACAGCGUUAGCUGAACUUCUUAUGUUCCAUACUGCACAAGCGCUUCCACUUCAGAUUGCGAUGUUGGCACACAUAUUUUUGUGGGCAGGUUUUGGAUGCGGGUUUCUGACCUCGGCGAUUUGGGUCGGUCUGGGUUAUACACUGAACAAUCUUGUCGGAACGAAGAAAUUGUUUAUUUGGAUCCUCCGUCUCGGAAUCUUGCA